UUUCAGAGGCUCUCACCCAAUGGAUUCCAUGCACUCACCAAAACGCUCAUUGUCAUUUAACUCUAGUUAUUUUCCUCUUCAGCAUUUGACACACAAUCUAGAGUUUAAAAUGGGCUUUUGCUGGAAGUUUAUGCCAUAGGAUUCUGUUUUAGACCAGGUAACGGCAGCUUUAGCUCUCAAAUGCCAGCAAAAGCCCCGUAAAGCAAUGUUAUUUGCAUUAGUAAUGGUAAGUCAUGCCAUCAGUGGAUUGAUGAACUGUCAUUUGAUGCUGACACCCGAAUCAUAAACUCUGUUUUGUCUAUCUUGAUGUCUCUGUGUGCUUUAUAGCGAAGCAGCCGACCUGAAUCGCUUGUUCAUUAUACAACUUAUGAAACUUGAGAGCACAUCCCAGUGGAGAUCCGGCUGUGCUUGCUUACAUUUGGUUCAUGACUUAAAAAAUCAAGUUCAGGAGUGAUUCCUGACGAAUCCAAGGCUCUGUCGCUGCUCGCUCCAGCCAAUGCCGUCGCAGGAUUGCUGCCAGGAGGCGGGCUCCUCCCGACGCCCAACCCCGUCCCAUCUAUCGGUGGCGUUCCUCUUGGAGGUCUAGGAGGGCCGAACUUGGACCCCAUGGCAGCUCUGGCCAUGGCGGCACCCAAUAUAAACACUCAGUCUUUAUCAGCUGAGCAGCUUAUGAAGCUUAUGGCAUCCAUAGACCCCAAGCUGAAUCAUCUCGCCGCUGGGCUGAGUCUGAACCCUGGACUGAAGGCAGACGGCUCGAAUAAAGAGAUCGAAGAAGCCAUGAAGAGAGUGAGAGAGGCGCAAUCUCUGAUCUCCGCAGCCAUCGAGCCCGGAAGUAAGAAGGAUGAUAAACGCAAGCGCUCCAGAUCCAGGUCCAGAUCCAGACGCAGGAGGUCCGGGUCCCGCUCCAGACACAGGCGUUCCAAGAGUCAUUCCAGACGGAGAUCUCGCUCCAGGAGCAGGAGGAGGUCCAAGAGCCCCAGGAGGAGGAGGUCUCAUUCCAGGGACCGCAGCAGACGCUCCAGGUCCAGAGAUCGGAGGAAGGAAGAGAAGAACAGAAAACGUUCAAAAACUCCACCCAAGAGCUACAGCAGCGCCAGACGCUCCCGCAGUUCCAGCCGAAAUGUGGAGUUGCAUUACCGUGGUUCAGAUCAGAUCCGAGCUUCUGUUGACCAGCGAGUGUCUUCCUCCAGGAAACGGCACAGGAGAAGUCGCAGCGCAUCUCGAUCACCGAAGAAGUCACGAUCUCCCAAGAGGAAACUGUCCCGCUCCCCGUCUCCUCGCAGACACAAGAAAGAGAAAAAGAAGGAUAAAGACCGCGAGAGAGACCGUGACCGAGACAGGAAGGAUGAUUGGGACAGGAAUCGGGACAAAAGGGAACGUUCCUCCAGCAAGAAGAACAAAGACAAAGAGAAGGACAGAGACCGAGACCGGAAGUCCGACAGUGAGAAGGGAGAUGUGAAGGUGACCAGAGACUACGAUGAGGAGGAGCAGGGCUACGACAGCGAGCACGAGGAAGAGCGCGAGAGGAACUCGGACGCCGCCUCGUCGCCGCAGGCUAAAGAGCCGCUAGCGGACAGCGCAGACGACGCGGGUCGCGGAGAGUCGGACGGACACAGUGAAGACCAGCGAGACGAAGACAUGGACAUGAGCGACUGAAACAGUGUUUGAGUGUAUUGAUAAAUAGAGUUCAGAUGGAGGAGAGCUCGUCCUGAAACUUUCCUCGCUGAACUCCUUCAUUCCUUCUUGUUUUUUAAAAUUCUGCAUCCUCAGAAUCUGCUGUAUUUACUGGUACAUGCUCAUCUUAAGAUGUUCCCCGGGUUUUAGAGCCGUUUCUUCUCUCAUGGCUGAUGUGGAACGAUGUUAUACUGUAUAUUUAGUGUAGACAGUUGAAAAAUACACCCAUUCGCUAUGUCUGUUUGCGGUUUCUAUUUAAGCGAAUUACCCCUAAUUGAAAGUGCUUGGAUAACGUUGUCAAGCAGUUUUUUUUUUCUUUCUUUUAAUUGCAUUUGUUUUUUAUAGUUAGCCUGAGUUUGUCUUUUUAAACUUGCAGAACGUUUGUGGAACUUCACGUAAACUGGAUUACUUUUUCUGGCAGGUCAUUCAACAGUCCAGCUGUAUCUACCGCAAUGUGUUUUUCCGUAGUGAACACACGCCGUCAUCAU